UACCCACCGACUAACAACAGAACCAGUCUAGCGGCAGGCCGUCGUCUCCGCACUCCAACUUUAACAAUAUAACAUCCGACCGAACCUCGGCAUCAAUUAAAGACCCAUCCAUAAAUAAUCAUCGACUCCUAUAACAACACCACUUCUAUCUCCAACCCUCCCACCUUCUCCCAAUUCUUCCCUACAUACAAAGUUGACCCAUACUCCAAUCCAAAUACCAUCAAAAAUCAAAAAUGGCACCAACCCUCCCCACCCCCUCCUCCAACACAAUAACCCUUUCCCUCCCGCACCCACACGUCCUCCUCGUCACCCUCUCCCGCCCAAAAGCACUCAACAGCAUCUCGACAGCCGGCCACCAUGACCUCGACGCCAUCUGGACAUGGAUGGACAACGAGCCCUCAAUAAGAGUAGGCAUACUGACUGGUUCAGGAAGGGCCUUCUGCGCGGGCGCAGACCUUAAAGAAUGGAACUCCACCGUCCAAACUCCCAAUCAACCCAGCCAAGCGCGCACCAUGCCCCCCACCGGCUUCGGGGGCCUCUCCCGCCGAUCCGGCAAAAAGCCCAUUAUCUGCGCGGUGAACGGCCUCUGCCUGGGCGGGGGAUGCGAAAUGGUGCUCAACGCCGACAUGGUGAUUGCGUGUUCGCAGGCGUAUUUCGGGUUGCCGGAGGUGCAGCGCGGGGUGGUAGCGUGGGCGGGGGCAUUGCCGCGGUUGGGGAGGAUCGUGGGACGGCAGAGGGCGAUGGAGAUGGCGUUGACGGGAAGGAAGGUACCUGCGGAGGAGGCGGCGAGGUGGGGGAUUGUGAAUGAGGUUGUUGAUGAUAGUAAGAAAGGGGUGGUGGAGAGGGCAGUGGAGGUUGCGGUGCAGAUUGCGGGGAAUAGUCCUGAUGCGGUGUUGGUUAGUCGCGAGGGAGUCAAGUUGGGGUGGGAGGGGGUGGGGGCGGAAGAGGCGACGGGGAUGUUGAUUCAAGAGUGGUCGGAGAAGUUGAAUCAGGGGGAGAAUAUUAAGGAGGGGUUGAGGGCGUUUGUUGAGAAGAGGAAGCCGGUGUGGAGGGAUAGUAAGUUGUGA